GGCGCUGCUUGCUUAUGGACAAGCCAGUCACGCUCGAGCCGGUCGCUGUGGUCGACAAGAAGGCCGAGAAGGAGCGCAAGAAGGCCGAUCUCGCCGCCAAGCGCGCCGCGAAAAAGGCGGGGAAGGAGGCGGCGGCAGGCCAGGUGGAUGUGGCGUCGCUCUCGCUCGGCGACGUGUCUACGCCCGGAUCCUCCGCGAAGCUGACCUCGGAGCAGCGCCGCGUCGCCGCCAACCGUGCCGUCACCGGCGUCCUCGCCUCUAUGCCGGCGGCACGCGACAUCAAGUUUGCAUCCUUCUCCGUGUCGGUCGGCGGGCGGCAGCUGGUCGCCGACUCAAACCUCGAGCUGACGCAGGGGUGCCGCUACGGCCUGCUUGGCGACAACGGCUCCGGCAAGUCCAACGUGCUGGCCGCUGUCGCACAGCGCGAGGUGCCGCUGCCGGAGCACGUCUCGGUCUACCACUUGCACGAGGAGGCUCCUCCGACCGAGUUGAGCGGCGUCGAGGCCGUCAUUGAGCAUGUCCGCGCCGAGGUCGAGCGGCUCGAGGCCAUGUCGGAGGCGAUCCUCGAGGCGGUCGGGCCAGAGGACGAGAGGCUCGAGGCGAUCAACGACCGGCUAAGCGAGCUCGACCCGACCGGCUCGGAGCCGCGCGCGCGAAAGAUCCUGUCGGGUCUCGGGUUUGCGGACCACCUCGUCCCGAUGGACAGGCCGACCAAGCACAUGUCUGGCGGCUGGCGGAUGCGCGUCGCGCUCGCCCAGGCGCUCUUCGCUGCGCCAGAGCUGCUGCUGCUGGACGAGCCGACCAACCACCUCGACCUGGAGGCGUGCGUCUGGCUCGAGGAGCACCUCGCCUCGUACCCGAAGUGCCUCCUCCUCGUCUCGCACAGCCAGGACUUUCUGAACGCCGUCUGCACGCACACGCUCUGGCUGAGCGGCCGGCUGCUGCGGCUGUACGGAGGAAACUACGCCAAGUUCGUGCAGACGGUGGAGGAGGAGGAGAGGCUGCAGCUCAAGGUGUACGAGAAACAGCAGGCCGACAUCGACAAGCUCUCCGACUUUGUGCGCGUCAACAAGGCGAACGGCGUCGCCUCCUCCGCAAAGUCGAAGAAGAAGGUGCUCGAGAAGCUCGAGACGGGCGCGGUCGAGAAGCCGAAGCUGCGCGAGCCCUCCCUCACUUUCUCCUUCCCCGAGUGCUCGCGAUUGGCGCCGCCCGUCCUCCCCUUUGACGACGUCUCCUUCGCGUACCCUGGCAGCGAGCCGCUGUACGAGGCGCUCAACUUCGGCGUCGACUGCGACAGCCGCAUCGCGCUGGUCGGUCCAAACGGCUGCGGCAAGUCGACGCUGCUCAAGCUCAUGUCGGGUGAGCUGAGCCCGACGGAGGGGUCCGUCAAGAAGCACCAGCAUUGCUCCCUCGGCCUCUACCAUCAGCACUCGACCGACGUGCUCGACCUCGACAUGGCGCCGCUGCCCUUCCUGCGGAAGGUCUUCCCGCCCUCCGUGGUCAAGCACACCGAGGAGUGGUGGCGCGGCUACCUUGCCACGUUUGGCUUCUCGCCGGAGCAGCAGCAGAGCCCGAUGGGCAUGCUCUCCCACGGACAGCGCUCGCGGAUCGUCUUUGCGAUGCUCGCGAUGAAGGACCACACGGUGCUGCUGCUCGACGAGCCGACCAACCACCUCGACGUGGACGCAGUCGACGGCCUCGCCGCCGCCAUCAAGGCUUUUGGCGGAGGCGUGGUGCUCGUGUCGCACGAUUUUCGGCUCAUCGACCAGGUGGCGGACGAGAUCUGGCUGUGCGAGGACCGCGGCGUGCGGCGGCUGGAGGGUUCCAUCCACGAGUACAAGAAGGCGCUCGCCAAGAAGAUGAGCAAGCACAAGGUGGGGCUGAGGUGA